AUGGUCAAAGGAACCGAUGCCUUAGACACGGAAGGGGUCGAGAAUGUGCUGCGCAGCGUGGGCUUGGGCCAUGGCAACCUGAGGCACAUCGCGCGCAACUACACCCCGCAAUUGCGCCUUUUUCGGCGCAGCCGCUGGCUGGCCCUGAAGUUGGCUGGUGCCACCGGGGCAGCUUUGCAUGUGGGCUGCUGUGGCAUGGCCUCUGGGAUGCUCUUGGGAUGUUUGGGCGCUUUGCCUCGGCUCAGGCUUCGACAAGUGCGUCACAUUGACGAUCUCCACGAUCUGGACUCGUGGCAAGCUUUGGUGCUCUAUGUCGUCUCUGCUAUCUUUGUAGAGCUCUUGCUCCUUAGCAUUCGCGAUCCUCGAUGGGUGAAGCGUGGACUCCGGUAUGGUGCUCUUGUGGGCGCAGUGGUGGGCUGGCUUCGUGCGCUUGCUGUUGUCGACCCAGAUCGCCACAGCUUCAGACGCGUCUUCCAGAUGGGUGUUUCUGGACAGACGACUUGGCCCAGGCAUUGGCGGAUUAUGGAGAUCGGCCCAGUGGAGAAAGUGAACAUUUUCGCUCCGCAUGGGCCACGGUAA